AACGAGAGAUUGAUGAUAUAAACUCAUUGAAACGAAACCAAACCCAAAAACGUAAUACCACACUCAUCAUACGUAACUGAAUCAAUCAACUACUAUCCCUUCAUUUCACCAAUCAAAAUUUAUUAAUAUUAUUAUAUAUAUUCAUUUUUCUCACUCUAUCAAAUUCAAAAUAUUUAAAAAAUUCGAAAAAGGUGAAAAAGAAUGGCAGCAAUUGGGAAAUGCACCACUGUUGUUUCGUUUGUUCCGAGUUUCUCUUUUAUUAUUAAUCACAGAUCAUACAGACACUUUUUUCUAUUAUCACUAUUUUCUUUUACCAUUAUUUUUUGUUUUUGCUAUUCCCCAAAUCUAACCACACAUCUCAAUCAUCACACUCCCUUUUCUCCGAAUAGGGUUUCUCGAUUGUUUCUGAUUGUGGAUUUCGGGUUUUCGGGAGCGAGGGUUUUUGCGAAUGUGAGCUUUAACUUCAGCUAUGGAGGGUUGUUUUCAAGGAGAGGAGAACAAGGUUAAGCGCAAAAUGAAGUCUGCUUCACAGUUGGAGAUUCUGGAAAAAGCAUAUGCUGCGGAGCUUUAUCCAUCUGAGGCGUUGAGGGCUGAGUUAUCUGUGAAGUUGGAUUUGUCUGAUCGUCAGUUACAGAUGUGGUUUUGUCACCGGAGAGUGAAGGAUAGGAAGGUUUCGCCGAUGAUUAAUAAGGCUGCUGCGCCGAGUUUGGCUCCAAUGGGAGAGGAGGGUGUUGAGCAAAUAGCAGUUGCUGAUGAUGUUAUGCAUGAUUCUGGGUUGGUUUCUAUUCUGAGGCCAAUUGGUCAUGUGGAUGCACAGCGGGUUGUGACACAGUAUGGGGUGAUGGAAAGCAGUAGUUACCAUGAAGCUCAUCAGACAUUGCAGGAGCUGCGAGCUGUUGCGUUGGUGGAAAGACAGUUGGGGGAGACAUUAAGAGAGGAUGGACCUAUUCUCGGGAUGGAGUUUGAUUCCUUGCCGCCGGGUGCAUUUGGUGCACCAUUAGGGGCAGUGGCAAUGGGACAAAACAGCCAAUCUGAAUGGCCUGUUGAGGCAAAAGUUUAUGAACAUCUGGAUAAGGGCAUUUCAAGGACUCUCCAUGAAUAUCAAUUUAUUCCAGAGCAGCCAACUGUUAGAAAUGAGAUAUAUGAGAGAGAUACUACAUCUGUUCACUUUAGUUCUCUUGAUGGUGUUCCCCAUUCUAGUGGGCUGUCUUUCCUUAAUGGGAAUGAAUCUGCACCUAAGGUGUAUGGAGUUCAAGGUCAGAAGAUACCUGGUCUAAAUCUUUUGUCUGAGUCUCAGCAAGGUAGGCCAAAUCAUCUUAUGCUUUCUGCUUCAGGAGGGAAUGAUGAUGUUCCACGAAAGAACCCAUCGACACCAUUUGUCGAUGUAACUCUUGACACUCAAAGGGGGGCUCACCAAGUAACUCUGAUUAACACCCCUCUAGUGCUAUCUGAUAGGAGCGUUAUCUAUGAUAGGAGCGUUAUCUAUGAGGAGGAACUUUCAAGGUUUCAAAGGAAGCGAAAGAAUGAAGAGGCUAGAUUGCAACGGGAACUUGAAGUGCAAGAGAAAAGAAUUAGAAAAGAACUUGUAAAACAGGAUAUUCUAAGACAAAAGAGAGAGGAGCAAAUAAAGAAAGAUAUGGAGAGGGAAGAACGUGAAAGGCAGAAGGAAAAGGAAAGGUACCUUAGAGAACAGAAGCGCGAGCAAGAGCGACAGGAAAAGUUUUUGCAGAAGGAAUCAAUCAGAGCUGAGAAACUGAAACAGAAGGAAGAACUACAGAGGGUGAAGGAGGCGGCAAGGAUUAAAGCUGCAAGUGAGAGAGCUAUUGCCCGCAGAAUGGUAAAAGAUGCAAUAGACCUUAUUGAAGAUGAACUUCUGGAACUCAUGGAAUUAGCUGCAUCAAAGAAGGGGCUAUCUUCAAUACUGGCUCUUGACUAUGAAACUAUGCAAAAUCUUGAAUCAUACAGAGAUGGGCGUACUUCCUUCCCACCCAAGUCUGUACAGUUGAAAAGAGCUUUUUCAAUUCAACCUUGGGCAGAUUCUGACGAAAAUGUUGGAAAUCUUCUGAUGGUUUGGAAGUUCUUGGUUACCUUUGCUGAUGUUUUUGGAAUAUGGCCAUUUACAUUGGAUGAGCUUAUACAAGCUUUUCAUGAUUAUGACCCUAGGUUGUUAGGUGAGAUCCAUAUUGCUCUUCUGAGAUCCAUUAUAAAAGAUAUUGAAGAUUUUGCAAGAACACCCACUACUGGAUUAGGAGCUAACCAAAAUAGUGUUACGAACUCUGGUGGGGGGCAUCCACAGAUAGUUGAAGGGGCAUAUGCAUGGGGUUUUGAUAUAAGAAAUUGGCAGCGGCAUUUAAAUCCGUUAACAUGGCCAGAGAUUUUGCGACAAUUUGCAUUGUCAGCUGGAUUUGGGCCUCAAUUGAAGAAACAGAAUAUUGAGCCAUUGCAUCCUAGCAACCAUGAGGGUAAUGAUAGUAAAGAUAUAAUUUCUAGUCUACGAAAUGGAGCUGCUGUUGAAAAUGCGGUUGCUAUUAUGCAAGGGAAAGGUUUAUCUAAUCCAAGAAGAAAUAGGCAUCGUUUGACGCCUGGAACUGUUAAAUAUGCUGCAUUUCAUGUGCUUUCUUUGGAAGGAAGCAGAGGCCUCAAUAUAUUGGAAGUUGCAGACAAGAUUCAGAAAUCUGGACUACGUGAUCUUACAACUAGCAAAACACCAGAGGCUUCUAUAUCUUCUGCUUUGUCUAGGGAUACAGAACUAUUUGAAAAGACAGCUCCUUCAACAUAUUGUGUACGUCCUGCAUACAGAAAGGACCCAGCUGAUUCUGAAGCAAUUUAUUCAGCUGCCAGGGAAAGAAUCAGGAUAUUCAAAAGUGGGUUCGUGGGUGCAGAAGAAGCUGAUGAUGGUGAAAGGGAUGAAGAAUGUGAAACUGAUGUGGCAAAAAAUCCUGAGAAUGAUAAAUUAAGAGUUCAAACAAAUAUGAAAAAGAAGGUCUCAAGUCAUGAGGAAUUUAAUGCAAACACUAUUGUGAGAAGUGGGAAGGACAAUGGCGAGGUUUUGCAAACUCCUGAUAGUUGCCAUGAGAAAGUGGAUUACGGGUUAGGAUCAACUGCUGAUGGAGGCUUCAACGAGCAGAAAGAUGUUUGUAGAUCUAGUGAAAUUGCUGUUUGCAGCAAUGGCGUUGCUAAUCCUAUUCUAAAAGGCAUAGAUGUUGAUGAAAGCACUCUUGGUGAACCAUGGGUACAAGGGCUUAUGGAGGGAGAGUACUCAGAUCUUAGUGUAGAGGAGCGUCUUCACGCUCUUGUUGCUUUGAUUACUGUGGCAAUUGAAGGGAAUUCUAUUCGUGUUGCACUUGAGGAACGUCUAGAAGCCGCAAAUGCUUUAAAGAAGCAGAUGUGGGCUGAGGCACAACUUGAUAAACGCCGUAUUAAAGAGGAUUAUUUUGUUAAAAUUCCAUCUUUCUCAAAUUUGGGAAACAAGAGUGAACCAGCUGUUACAUUUCCAUCAGUAAGGGGUAAAGAGUGCCCAGUGCAUAUUGUUGAAGUUGAAAAUGAGAAGGCUUUACUCACUCCCUGUGACCAGCAUGAACAGAUAAAUUCACUGCAGGAAAAUCAAAAUCAUCUGCAGAAUUCAUUAGAAGCGAACUUGCAGAGGCUAGAUUGUUCCACUGGCCCAGACAAUUAUUCUCUUCAACGAUCUAUUUACGCUGCUGAAAAAUCAAGGUCGGGUUUUAAAUCAUAUAUUGGUCAAUUGGGGGAACAAACUUUCAUGUGUAGAUCAUUGCCUCUCGGUUUGGAUCGAAGACGAAACCGAUACUGGCAAUUGAUCACUUCUGCUUCUCAAAGCGAUCCAGGUUGUGGCAGGAUUUUUGUGGAAUUGCAUGAUGGCUGUUGGAAGCUGAUUGAUUCUGGAGAGGGUUUUGAUGCUCUAUUGGCAUCAUUGGAUGUACGUGGAAUCAAGGAGUCCCACUUGCAUAUGAUGUUGCAAAGAAUUGAGAUAUCCUUCAAAGAAUCUGUUAGAAGAAAUGUCCAAAAUGAAAUGAAGAUGCAAAAUGGAGACACUGUCGAAAAACUCAAGACAGAAGCAGUUGAAAUGGCCACAGACGAAGAUUGCGGUACUAAUAUUUACUGUCCUACUUCUGUCUGCAUGGUUGAUUUGAACACAUCAGUGGCCUCUACAUCUUUUACGGUUCAGCUUGGGAGAAAUGAAGUUGAGAACAAAGAUGCUUAUAUGAGAUAUUGGGACUUUGAGAAAUGGAUGCGAAAGGAAUGUCUAAAUAGCUCAGUAUCAUGUGCAAUGAAGUUUGGGAAGAGAAGGUGCAACGAACUACUUCUCAUGUGUGAUUUGUGCCAUCAUGUCUAUUUCUUUAGAGGAACACCAUGUCCUUCAUGCCAUAUUGCUCGUUCUGAAGACAAAAUGAAGACCGGCCCUCAUUUUUUUCUUGAUUCAUCCUCUUCUCCAUUGAGGAUGAGAUUGCUCAAAAUCCUCUUGUCAGUUGUUGAGGCAUCUCUUCCUCAAGAAGUUCUUCAACCUUUUUGGACAGAGAGGUACAGGAAGUCCUGGGGUUCAAAGCUGGAAGAUUCAUCAUCAACUGAAGACAUUCUGCAGAUGUUGACUACAUUGGAAUGUGCUACAAAAAGGGAGUAUUUGGCUUCAGACUACGAAACUACCAGUGAGCUGUUAGGUUCUGUUUGCUCUCCUGGAUGUCAUCCUAAUGAUAUCAUUGGUAGUGAAAGGAUACCUGUGCUUCCAUGGGUGCCAUGUACAACUGCUGCUUUGACACUAAGGCUCAUGGAACUCGAUGCAUGCAUCUUUUACACUUCACAACAAAAGCUAGAGUCCGAGAAGGAUAAACAAAUUGGAAUUGUUAUAAAGCUUCCAUCAAAAUCUGCUGCUGUCAAAAUUUCCUACAAUGCUGGUGCGACUGAAUCUUCAUUACAGGCUAAGCAUACUGUAGAGAACUGGGGUGCUCUUGGUGCUGGCCUCGAGAGCUACAGCAGAGGACAAAGGACUCGGCAAGGCAGCAACCACUCUCAUGGUCAAAGAUCACAGGGAAGAGUUGCUAGUUCAAGACCCACUUCCAGAAAGAGAAGCACUACAUCCAACAGCAGGAGAAUAGGAAAAUUACAUGGAUGGAAAGGGACACCGUACAGACAAGGACGCGUUCGUGGUCGGAGGAGCAUUAGAAGCAGGCAGAAACCAGCAGCCAAGAUGAAUGUGAUUAAUGAUGAGAGAGAUACCACAAAAGACAUCAUGGAGAAAACACUAAUCUUUGUCAGAGAGGUAAUUAAUGAAGACGAAACAGAAGCCAAUGUUCUAAAUGGUAGCAAUUCGGAAAGAUCAGACUAUGAAGGUGGUCUUUGUCGAGCAACAGGAGAUGAGUGUGAUUAUUUGUUAGAUAAUAACAAUGAUGGAUAUCGGGGUGGAUUUAGUGGGAAAUCUGAGAAUCUAAUUGAACAGAGCCACUAUAAUGUAGAUGAUGAGGAAGAUGUGGAUAUGGAUGAUGAUGUCGAUGAUGACAUCGAAGAUGGGCAGGCGGAUCUUGAUGUUCCAGAUUAUAUAAUUGGCGGGGACUCAAAUGCAGGGUACAGUAGAGAAGAAAAUGCAGAGAAAACUGAGGGUCCAGAUGGUGUUGGUUCUACAUCAUUUGAUUGCAGUGAUUAAAUGUAGCACAUAAUGUAUGUAGCAUAAAGUUGUAAUUUUAUUUAGUAAUUAUGUAGGAAUAGGCCAAAUAUCAGGUGCUUGAAUGUGAAUGAUGCAAAAUUAUGAAAGAAAAUUCGUCUCUUAUGUUUGUA